CCAAGAGACUUUACACACUGUUUACCUUUUAGCGAGGUAAGGGCGGUAACUCGCACAGCGGCACAAACAGAAUACAUGUCAAGUCGUAUUCGCUGAUGCAACCUGGUACUGGAUUAUCACAAGUGAGGAAAUCAAGCCGUCCGUUGUAGAUCUCGAAAUACUUACUUUAAAAAAGAAAAUCUUUCUUCCUAAGUUGAUUCGCACUUACAAUGUCUGCCAAAACAAAACGAAUCAUUAGCUGGGCUUUGGCCACUUUGCAAUUGAGCCCGAAUGAAGAAAAUGGUGAAGUCUCUGACGCUCUGACCGCCACAGCGGCUGGGGACAGCUCCUACCUUGGACUGACAGCGUCUGAGAGAUCUGACGUAAGGUCGGAACUUUCUGAUGGCAAGGACGAAAACUCAGAAAAUAAAAGACCGACUUUCAGCCGGCGAGAGGUAGCCGAUCACUGUUGUAGCCAAUCAUGCUGGAUGGUGAUAGACAACAAGGUGUACGACGUCACACGAUUUCUCCGCUCGCAUCCCGGAGGGGAAGACAUUAUGUUGGAGCACGGAGGCCAUGAUGCCACGUCUGCUUUCUUUGAUAAAGGUCACAGCCGCGAUGCUUUCAACAUGCUGGCCGAGUACUGCAUAGGGGAGGUCACCAAGGCUGACUGGAUAGUGGAGAAAAAUUGCACGUGACAAAGGUAGCCCUGGGAGUAGUGUCACAAUACAUGUGGCACUUUCAUGUUCAACUAAAUCUAUCUCCUUCAGCCAAGCCGUCAUCAACACCCCAGAGACUCGACUCUGAAUAGCAGUGUGUUGGAUGAGGAGAGUUACACAAAUGAAAAGUCAAGCAGAAUAAGGCUUGCCAUAUUGUCCACAGGCCAGUUUACGAUUUCUGUAAAAUUGUUUCCAAUUAAUAAUUAAUAUGAAAUGUACAUUUAUCUUUUACUUUUACAAAUAUAACUGUUUUGUUUUUUGUAUGAUUUUUUUUAUUAAUGUAUAAUAUUUUUGUUUUUAAAUGUCCAGAUUUUUUUUUAACAUAAUCUAAAUGUUGUUAAUGCUUUUUUAAACAUGCUUUUGUUUUGUAUGUUGAUAUUGUGAAUUUCCAAAUAGAUUUAGAUUCAGUGUAGCUUUUAUUAUAUGGUAUUUGUAGUAUGUUUGUUUUGAUUUACAUAUGUAUUUCUCAUCCAAUUUUAUUUUUAAGAAAAUAAUAUAUAUAUAUAUAUAUAUAUA